AUGGAUAAGUCAUGGAUCACAAAGCCACGAAACUCAAUAGAGUAUGAGCGAGGGGUUAGGAGGUUUAUUGAUUUUGCCUUCGAAAAUAGUUUAGCUGAAGCAACUGUAUGCCCUUGUUUGAAGUGCGGUUUUAGAAAAAAAGUGACAAAGGGUGAGAUGUACGAUCACUUGAUAUGUACCCAAUUUCCAAAAGAAUAUACACUUUGGUUUUAUCACGGAGAGACUGAGGUAGGGGAUCCCAGUAGUAACGUCUCAAAUAGUGAUGCUUCAAAUGCUUUUGAUGAUUUUAAUCAAGAUUCUAUUCAUGACAUGCUUGGAGAUGCUUUUGGAACUGAUAUGCACUGGGCAAAUAAAGUCUCAUUAGAGUCAGAUGAAGACAUUGAUGGAGUUGAAAGAGUGAUGCCAGAUGUAGCUGAUGCAUCGGAGUUUGAAGAAUUAGCAAGUCAUGCAGAACUACCUUUGUAUGAAGGGUGUACAAGAUAUUCAAGAUUGUCCUUUUUGGUGAAGAUGUAUCAUAUUAAGUGUAUAUGUGGGAUGACUGACAAGGCAAUGUCGAUGAUAUUUGAACUCUUACAUGAUGCAUUUGAACAUGCAAAGAUUCCGAGUUCAUUUUAUGAAGCAAAGAAAACUAUCUUGAAGCUUGGUAUGAAUUAUGAGAAGAUACAUGCAUGCCCGAACAAUUGCAUGCUGUAUUGGGGUGAAGACAAGGAGAAAGAAAUGUGUAAAGUUUGCAACAGGUCUAGAUGGAAACUAGAUACAAAGGGUGGUGAGAUUCAAGAAUCAAAUGAUGGGAAUAUUAGGAAGAAGGUGCCUGCUAAAGUUCUUCGUUACUUUCCACUAAAACCUCGUUUGCAAAGGUUAUUUUUGUCUUCAAAGACAGCCGAGGCCAUGAGAUGGCAUGAUGUUGCUCCUAAGGAAGAUGGUGUAAUGACGCAUCCUAGAGAUUCAGAAGCUUGGAAGAUGUUUGAUUUAAAAAACACUUCAUUCGCAGAGGAUCCACGAAAUAUACGUUUGGCAUUAGCUACUGAUGGUAUUAAUCCCUAUCGUAGUAUGAAUGCAAAUUCUAGUACCUGGCCAGUUAUUCUCAUUCCUUACAACACUCCUCCUUGGAUUUGUAUGAAGCGGACGUCUUUUAUUCUUUCAAUGAUAAUUCCUGGAAAAAAGAUGCCAGGAAACAAUAUAGAUGUCUACUUACAACCGUUGAUCAAAGAGCUAAAAGAGUUAUGGAAUGAGGGCGUGGAUGCAUAUGAUUCUUUUGAGAAAAAGGCGUUCAAAUUGCAUGCGGCGUUGAUGUGGACUAUAAGUGACUUUCCUGGGUUAGGAAUUCUCUCCGGGUGGAACACGUACACUGGACAUGCUUGUCCAUCUUGUAACUUCGACUCUGUUCCUUUUCAACUUCCUCAUAGUAGAAAAUCAUGUUUCAUAGGACAUCGUCGUUUUCUUAAUCAAAGGCAUCGGUUUAGAUUGAAUAGGGUUCGAUUUAAUGGAGAGCAAGAAUUUCGCAAUCCACCGAAGAGGUUAUGGUCUUGA